AUGAUAGUUCUUGGUUGUAUGAACCUAGAUAUUAUAUUAAGAGAAGAUCGUCUUAUAAACUCUCAUGAGGAUAAGAAAUAUAUGGAUAAGUGGGACCAAUUGAAUCGCAUGAGUCUUAUGAUUAUGAAGUGUGUCAUUUUAAAAGCCUUUAGGGACACUUUGUUUGAAGAGGCCAUUGCAGCAAGAAUUUUCCUUGAAGAACUUAAGAAAAAGUUUACUAAGAAUGAUAAGGUUGAAACAAGUACGAUCUUAACAAAACUUCUCUCUAUGAAGUAUAAAGGUAAGGAAAAUAUAAGGAAGUACAUUCUCGAGAUGUUUCAUCUUGCAUCAAAACUAAAGGCACUAAAGUUAGAACUAUCAAAAAAUUUAUUUGUGUAUUUAGUUCUGAUUUCUCUUCCUACAUAA